GUAUUGGUGUGGCGGUUUCCACAAUCAGAAGCAGAAAAGCGUGAAUCCAAAAAAAAAAAAAAAAAUGGAGAACGAAGCAGACUACGAUGAGCCCGAGACGAAGCGUCCUCACCUCAGCCCUUUCUCCUCCGCCUCGCCUCGCAAUUCCGCCACCGCCGCCACUUCCCCAUCAACCAACAAAACCGUUGAUGCUACAGUGCUCCAGUACCAGAAUCAGAAACUUCUUCAGCAGAUAGACAUACAAAAACAAGAGUUGCAUGAUAUUGAGGCGAGGAUUAAAGAAUUAAAAGACAAGCAAAGUUCGUAUGAUGAUAUAUUAAUUGUAGUGAACCAACUCUGGAAUCAGUUGGUUGAUGACUUAAUCCUUCUCGGAGUACGAGCUGGGGCAGGCCAGGUUUCUUUGGAAUUUCUGGACUCUGCUGAUCACUCUCGAGGUUCAAUUCCAUCAUGUCCUGCUGAGGAAAUAUUUCUUUGUAGACUGCUACAAAGGGGUUCUAUUGAAGCCAAUGGUAAUGAUGAGAUCAUUAGAUAUGUUGAAGAUGCCCUUGCUUUGCGUCAUUCAUCUACUAGGGAGUUGUUGAAAAUCCUGCAAGAUUCAAUUGAUGAUCAAAGGGUGAGGACUGAGAGCAUUGCACGUGCGUUGCAUGGAAAACUAUCUUCAGAAGAUGCCAUCAUCCAAUUGUCAAAGAUUGAUGAUAUUAUGAAAGAGGAGGCUAUCAAGCUGGGUGAAGUGAUUGAUAUUCUCCACUUGAAGCAUAAAGAAUACAUUGAGAAGAUUCAAACUUACAUUAGCAGCCAUUCAAUUCAUGAAUCUGAGAUUAAGCGCCUUGCAGGUGAGCUGGACGAGUGUGUUGCUGAACUUGAAGAGAGUAGAAGAAAACUAGUCAAUCUGAAAAUGCAAAAGGAUGUAGCAUCUGGGAUGCAUACCCCCACUCAUGGUACAGCCAAUGGAAACUUGUCACCAGAAAAGCCUGUAGAUAGGACAAUGGGUUUGCGGGAAUUGAAGGACUCUAUUGAGGAAUCAAAGAUACUGGCAGAAGAUCGUCUUUCUGAGGUUCAAGAUGCACAGGGAGAAAAUCUAAGCUUGUCAAAACAAUUGCAAGAUCUUCAGAAUGAACUGAAGGAUGAAAAAUAUAUUCGCUUAUCCCGAUUAUACUCUUUGCGAAAUGAUCAACUCCAACAUUGGAAUGCUGAAGUGGAGCAGUACAAAGUAUUGACAGAGUCUCUGCAGGCUGAAAGGCCUCUUAUCAUGAGAAGGGAGAAGGAGGUGAGUGUAAAACUAGAAUCAGCAGAUGCUUUGAGGAAUGCAAUUGAUAAUGCUGAAUCUAGGAUUGGAGAAUUGGAGCUUCAGCUACAGAAACGUAUCGACGAAAAGAAUGAGCUUGAGAUUAAGAUGGAAGAAGCUGUGCAGGAUGCAGGGAGAAAGGAUAUUAAAUCAGAGUUUCGUGUAAUGGCUUCGGCUUUGUCUAAAGAAAUGGGAAUGAUGGAAACUCAAUUGAAGCGAUGGAAGGAGGCAGCCCAUGACGCACUGUCCUUAAGUGAGGAAGCCCAGUCUCUAAAAGCUCAACUAGAUAGGAAGAGUAAUGAAAUGCAGAGCUUAGCAGACAAAUGUGCUGAACAGAUGAUGGAGAUCAAGUCUCUUAAGGAACUGAUUGAUAAGUUGCAGAAGGAAAAACUGGAACUACAAAUCUUCUUGGACUUGUAUGGACAGGAAAGUCAUGACAAUAGAGAUUUGAUGGAAAUCAAAGAAUCAGAACGCAGAGCUCACUCACAAGCUGUAGUCUUGAGAAAUGCUUUAGAUGAACAUAGUCUAGAGUUGAGAGUUAAAGCUGCCAAUGAAGCUGAGGCUGCUUGCCAACAAAGGCUUUCUGCUGCUGAAGCUGAAAUAGCCGAUUUAAGGGUUAAAUUGGAUGCUUCUGAGAGGGAUGUUUUGGAGCUUACCGAGGCUAUUAGAAAUAAAGACGCAGAAGCAGAGGCAUACAUAGCAGAAAUUGAGACCAUUGGUCAAGCAUAUGAAGAUAUGCAGACACAGAACCAACAUCUGUUGCAGCAGGUGACUGAGAGGGACGAUUAUAAUCUCAAGCUUGUUUCCGAGAGUGUGAAGACAAAGCAGGCACAGAGCGCUUUACUCACUGAGAAGCAGGCAUUGGAAAAGCAACUUCAGCAAAUUAAUGCAUCAAUAGAAUCCUUAAAAAUGAGGAUUUCUCACAGUGAAGAGCAGAUGGAGCCUUGUCUGACAGAAGCCAUUAAAUGUACUCACGAAGAAAGACAUCUUACAGUCAGCCUGGAAACAGCCAAGUGGGAAUUGAAUGAUGCUGAGAAGGAGUUGAAGUGGCUUAAAUCUGCUACUGCUUCCUCUGAGAAGGAAUAUGAGCAAAUCCAGCAGGAUAUGGAUGAUAUCCAAAUGGAUUUAGAGAAUGAAAGAAGCUCAAGGAAGAAGCUUGAGGACGAGCUUAGGGAAUUGAAUAUCAAGGUUGCCGAGAUGAGUUCUGAAACUGGAGAGGCUGCAAUACAGAAACUCCAAGAUGAAAUCAAGAGUUGCAAGUCUAUAUUAAAGUGCAGCGUGUGUUCUGAUCGACCAAAGGAGGUUGUAAUCGUGAAGUGCUAUCAUCUUUUCUGCAAUCCAUGCAUCCAAAAAAACCUAGAGAUUCGCCAUCGGAAGUGUCCCGCAUGUGGAAAUGCAUUUGGUCAAAAUGACGUUCGGUUUGUAAAGAUAUAGAAGAGCUUCAACGUAAUUCUGUAGUUGUAGUUAGCAACUUAGCAUCGACGAAGCCCCAACCCCUUUGUAGCUGUUGGUUCUUUCGAAAUAGAAAAGGGAUUUUAAAUUUAAAUCAAAAUAAAAAUAGACAGGAAAAUAUACAUGCCUCCCUGCCCACCCGAAUGCCAUGUCCCAUGUGCAUUGGCACUUCAGGAGACUUGAACCUGUUAACUGGAUUUCAAUUUUCAAUCAUAUAAGUUCUCAUCCUUUUUCUACA